UCUAUUGAACGUACUUGCCUAUCAUCAUCAUUUUCUAUGCGUUCUAAUAUACUUUAAAACACAAUUCAACACAAUUCAAGUUUGCAAGAACACAAUUAGUUUCGAGCGUAAAAGUUGUGUAUUAAGGUACUCUCCAAAGGGAUUUUCUGCAUGUUACGCCAACUUUUCAUCGCAUUUUUCUGCUUUAUCUGCCUUACGGCAGCAGCAGCCGCACAACGGUUUCUGUACAAUCCGAAGUUCCAGCCAUCCUUCAAUGAUGGAAACUCGCUAGAGGGAUUCGGAGAGUACGCCGAUUACCUACCAUCAAAGAGGGCAUUUUCGUUCCAAGCAGCACGUGGCAAGAAGAGUAUGAUGGGAGAGAAAAGAUAUUCGUACUUCCCAUCUCGCGGCUAACCGAUGUUCACCAAUGUCACCCCGUCGCCUUCUCCACACACCGACCUUUUCGAUACAUUAUCUUCAAUUCUCAGCAGAACCCAUGAUAAAGUUAUUUGCAGAACCAUGUUUUUUAUCUUUCCCAGUGUCGAAUAAUAAAGGCAUCAUGUUAUGUACUGUCCACAUUUUCCACUACUUUUCUAUCUUUUCAUGUCAGCUAGCUGCUUUUUAACAGAAUAAACAGAGCUCAUAGAA